CUUUGGAUCUCGAUACACUAUUAUCACGAGAAUCAGAAUUCACUCCGAUCGCCAACCACCGCAAAUAUGGCACAGGAAUACGGCAAAGACAAGCCCGAAGGCUUCUCAAACCGCAUCGAGAAAGUGGCUAUCGUCGGAGCGGGCGGCCAAGUCGGAAAGCAUAUCACAGAGCACCUUCUCAAGACCGGAAAGCACACCGUCACUGCCAUAACGCGACCAAACAGCACCAGCCAGCUCCCCGAGGGCGUUCAAGUCGCGCGCGUCGACUACAGCGGCGACGAUGAUUCGGCCCUAGUAGAUGCCCUACGAGGCCAGCAAGUCCUGAUAAUCACGAUGGCCGUGAUGGCACCCAGAGACACGACCGUCAAACUUAUCCGCGCGGCCGCGAAGGCCAAAGUACCCUAUGUCCAACCUAACUGGUUCGGCCACGACUCGCAGAACCCAAAGCUCCUGGACGAGAGCAUGCUUAGCCAUCGGAGCGCAUGCGCAGAGAUCGAGAGGCUGGGCGUGAGCUCCUACCUGCUCCUGAACUGCAACUUCUGGUACGAGUUCAGCCUUGGAGGCGGGCCGGAUCGAUACGGAUUCGAUUUCCACAAACGAUCGCUGAUUCUGUUCGAUGAUGGAAAUACUGUGAUUAACACGAGUACUUGGCCGCAGUGCGGUCGGGCGCUGGCUAGCUUGCUGAGUCUGAAGGAGCUCCCGGACGAUGAGGCAGAUAAGUCGCCUACACUGUCGCGGUUCCGGAACGGCCCUGUCUACGUGUCGAGUUUCCGAGUCAGUCAGCGCGAUAUGUUCGAGAGCGUCAAGCGUGUGACAGGGACUACGGAUGCCGACUGGACUAUCACGCAUGAGUCGUCCGAGGAGCGGUGGAAGGAGGGACAGGCUGUCGUAAAGCAGGGUGACUUCCUUGGAGGGUUUGCAAAGCAGCUGUAUAGCCGGAUGUUUUUCCCUAAUGGUGAUGGUGAUUUUGAGUCUAAGAGGGGGCUGCAUAAUGGAUUGCUUGGACUGCCGGUUGAGGAUCUGGACGAGUAUACUGCUCUUGGUGUCCGGAUGGGCGAGAACAAUGAGGUUGUCGUGUCUCAUUAA